AUGACCUCAGAUGAACAAGCCGCGAAGCUUUUGGCUGUGUUCAGUCACAUCAUCCUACCGCCAAAACUUCCGACAGCAUUCGAUGGGGAUGAUGUUGCGCUCAGCAGAGACUUUGGAAAGCGACUGUUGUACGCCUGUCGUACUCUCCGAGGUCUUUGCCCUGAUUUAGGCGGGGACCAUUGGGAAACAUUGGACCAUUCCCUACGAACGACGCUAUUGCUGAACCAAGACUUCUUGGCCAAAGGUGAUCUCAUGCGCGCGUUCAGAGGCCUGGACAAGGAAUGGCUGGCUUUGCACAUCGCCAAGCAAAACGCCGCUCUCAUUGUGCGGCGAGACUUGGAGAAAAGUCAGAUUGUUUUUGAAGCUUUUGAAGUCUCGGCACCGAACACAAACGUACUCGAAGCCAACCACGCUCUCACCUGCGAGUUUCCCCACCGCGCGGCUGCCAUCUCGUUCAACGAUUUCGCCAACGAAUCUUUUCUCCAGACUCUGUCCAACUUCCUCGAGCAAGCCAGCUCAGAAUCAUUCGACCAGUUUGCAGCACGGGCAUCCAAGGGCGGCAAGUCUAUCGUCGAGACGCGUGACUGCCCAAGCCCGGCACUCAUUAGCGAAAUGCUCAUGUCCUUGUUGGAAGGUAUUGGGAGUCUGACCAAAGUCCAGACAUUUCAGAAGAAGGUGCGGGAUGAUGUGGUACUCGGCACUUCUGAGAUUCCUUGGAGACGUUCGCCCUACUGGUUGUUCCUCCGCGUUGCCGUCAGAUGCGUCCUCUCCAGCUUAUUCGACAAUGGCGUCAACGGUAUUGGCCGGGUAUACUUCAAAUUUAUCAUGUGCGUCGUGCUAGCCCAACUUCUUAAAGAUUGUGUUGGUCGUUUGGCCCCGGAAAAGACGUUGAUGCUUCAGGCAAAGCUUUGUCGCCGCCUUGCCAAGCUUGAGACUGAGAAGCUGGCUGCCUCUGGAGUAUUGCGUUCCACAUUUGAGGUACUUUUCACGGCCACUACUCCAUUUCUCCAGGACAAUAUAGCAGCUGCGCAGUUACAAGUCUCCAACUCAUGGAAUGAGUACAAGAAGAAGAUCACACGCCCAAUCCCGAAACUUCCAAGUCGUGCCCCAAAAGAUGCUCUCUGGCUUGAUUUGCGCAACAGUGGUGAAGCCCUCUCGCAACUCCUAACUCAGAAGACCGGUGCUCCACAGCGUGACGGGAAAACCAAAAUCUCCUCUCUCGAUGCGGGAACUAUUUCUCAGGUCAAUCAAAUGGCGAGCCGCUAUGGGAAAUUGGUCGAUGACGAGGCGGACAUUACGACACAGCUCAAAGCGACGUGGUCGGAUGCACGGCUGAGGUGUAUCGACCUAUCAUGGAAGAUUCUUGAGUAUCGGGAGGCUUCUGGUGACGCAUACAAAACUGAUUCAUUACUCAUGAGCCGACACCUCCUACGAUUAUUCGAGCUGUGGGUGGCCAUGGAUCAGGCUGCCACAACGGCUUGUCCUCUUCUCAACAAGUACCACCCCAUUUUCAUUCCAGAAUCACUGGAUGUGCUUUGCUUGCUCACGGAGGAAGAGAUGCGGAGUUUGAGGGAUGUUCAGGAACAUCUUGCCGAGCGCAUCGCCAAUCACGACCCAGAUUACGGCUCUAUCUUCGACACCCCCAAUCGGAGAUUUGCAUUCCCACUGAAGUUUGUUCAUGAUACCAAAGAAGGAAGGGCCAUGAUUGUUCUAGGCGAACGCAUAGACGCCGCUUCCGACCGAGCCAGGAGAUCAAAAACCUUGGAGCUGGAAUCCCACAUGGCAGACUACAACAAGCUGUCUGAAGCUAUCGGGGCUGGUGUAUGCUGCUGCAAGCGACUCCUAGACGGAACCAAAGAUGUGAGAGGAUGCAAAAGAUGCUGGCAAUGGCGUUCCAGAAAUCGAAUGAAGAUCAAGAUACAUGAAGACUUUAUUCCUGACAGUGAUCGUGAACGCCAACGAGCCGCGAUUUUGUUUGAACUUACUCUACCCGAAUACCUUGCCAGUUACCGGAUCGCUACCUGGAAACUGCGCAUGAUGGGUACUGAGUCAAUCCCUGCCGCUCCUGGCCAGCCUGCGCUACUAUUGAGGGAUUAUGACCCUUUGAAACCGUUUGGAACGCUAUCUGGCCGCAAGUCUUUAUCUAUUACCUUGGCCUCUGAGAAGAAGUCCUUUCUCCAGACUCAUUACAAGGAACUCAAGCUCCCCAAGACGGACAGCCAAGUCGUGUUAGAAUUUGCGCCUUCGUUCUAUUACUAUGAUAGUGAGUCUAAUGUUUGGGCGGAUGACAUUUGCAAGGAAGCGCCUUGGUUUCAACACCUUCUGGGCCUUUGGUUGCCAAAGGGGGUCAUGGAUCCUUACAAAAACGACAAAAACAUCACAAAUGAUGCCGUAUUCCCCCCCUCGUCCUACCAGAUAGCAGCCAACGCAUCUGAAUGCCCCUCCAACAUGUCUGUGCAGGAAUAUUCUGCCUUUCAACGAGCGGUCUCCGGACGACGCCGACGAUGGCUCGUGAUUUUGGUUGAGUUGGGUGCGACAACCUUGAAUUUCAGUAGCGAGACUACAAUCAAGUUUCUUGGACAUCUCGCCUUACAAGCUGGACCAGCUGGCACUGGAUUGGGAGUGUUGGGUGAAGUCCACAAAUGGUUUAGUGACCACGAUUUCUGCAUCAAGUUACAUGAACAACUCCACACUCGUCUGGAAACACUUGUUUCCAACUGGAGAGAGGUGCAUUACAUGGGCAUCCUCGUCACGUUUACUCUCCGACUUCACCAUCUAGGAGGCCCGGAAGCGAAAAAGUUGGCACGAUUGCUCCUGGUGAAAAUUCGUGAGAUUACUUCCGGAUGGAUCAUUCACCUUCGGCGCGAGAUUAGGGUGACAAAUGAGGCAGACACUGCGCGUCAAAAGACAGCUUAUGCAUUUCGGGCUGCUCUGCUAUGCCGUCAGACCUUCUCGAUAUAUAACGACACGCCAGAGACCUUGCAAAAUCUUGAGUAUAAAGAUAUGAUCCAUUUCUUCCGCGCCUCCAUCGCGAUUCAGGAGAAUCUCAUAGUCAAUCUUGACGAACUCAGUCCCAAUCUGAAGAUCUUAUUCAUUCGAGACUUGUCUAUGUCUCACUCUAUGCGAUUCCUUCUUGAGAGAUGGGCCGUUUCUUUUCAUUCUGCUCUAGAGCAUGCUAUCAACGAAACCUGGGGACUUCCGGAACUUGCGAGUGAGAGAAAAUAUUCCGGUUGGAGCACUCUAUCUCAGAAGCAGCAAUGGUGGAUUCAGUCGCAGAUUGCUGGCACUCGAUGGGCGGCUCCGCAGGUGGUCCAGUAUCAUGUGCUCCAGGGACACCUAUUAGUCGACGGGAAAUCACUUGGAAAGCUUCCCCUGGAGAUGAGGGAGGAUCCGAGUAUUCAAGAACUGUUUGGGAAGCAGCAUUUGCUCACCCGCCCUUCAGGUCUCCAGGGCAUGGAAUAUCAACUUGUCAGUGCUGUCAAUGAUCACGAAGUUCACAUGGGAUUUAGAAAUGGCAAGGUGGUCAUCCGAGCAAUUUUCAAAAACGCCUUGCUUGAACAUGUUCCUCGGGCUGUCUUCAAAAGCACUUCUGGUAUGGAUCUGCCUUCCGGGCUUGUGGAUGAUUGCGUUCAUUGGCUGAACCUGAACUCGGGGAUGUUGGAAAUGCGCCGAAAGCCACAGAUCUGGCGUCGAAAGCCCUCUAACUGGACGUUGGAUAUUCGCAAGCAUGCUUGCACGAGAGGCUCAGGCAGUUAUCUUGUUGAACCCCAGUCGAAGGUUGGCAAACAAAUAGCUGCCAUCUUUCGAGGCUUUGAAGAUGUCGAAAAGCUGACAAUAUAUCAGCCCGUGGGGGGGCGAUUGAGGAUCGAAAUGAAGCGCCUGGAAAUUCAAUUCUUUGUCAACUAUAAGAACUUACUCCAGUGCCCACAACUCGCGUCUGAGGUCGACCCGGACCAGGACGCGGGUACCCUCCACGGCCUUGAAAGCAAGAUUGUCCUGCGUAGUGUUAGAAACCCUGACCAGAAGAGCAUUCUUGUUCCCAUUGGCUCGACCUUCACUUGGAAGCCCAAGGGGAUGCAUGUCGCUGUUUAUAUUGCCAAUCAAGGCAUGUACGCUCGAUUCACCGUGGACACGCUCCUCGGUCGCCUUGAUUGCGCCCAGGAGAUGACCCUCUUACACCUCAAAGCGGCGCUGCAUGCGUUGACUUCAUUCCCUUUACCAGACACGCUCACCGGCAGAACGGGCACGGAAGAGGCGGUUCAUUGUUUGACAUCAGCUUGCAGUCAACCAUGGCAGCCGCUACAAGGACACUCUCAAGCGAUGCUAUCUGUGCUGACAUCGUUGUCGCCAAAAAGGCAUUACUAUCCUAAAGACUCGAAGUUUUGCCAGAAGGUGGAAUGGGACAGUAACUUAACCGCCACGAUUCAACACGAGGGAUUGGCUCCAGCUGUAGAAACGAUUCUUCGACAAUCACGCAAGCUUGAAAUGUUUCAAGUAGCUACGGAUGUGCCCCCAACAAUGGAUCCUGAGGAUGACCCUAUUGGCCAUUUGGGUCUCAGAGGCCUUAUUCGGCGACAGAUAUAUGAGCGUAUCAACUCUCCAUCUGACUCCCUGAUACUUUCCAGGGCUACACAAUGGAUUCCAUACACGCCUCAGGGUCUGGGUGCCGGGGCCAAUGGGUGCCCAAUCUACCAGAUUGUCAAGGAACUGGGCGGGGAGGCUGAUGAAAUACCGAAACUUGCAAAACUAAGGCCCUUGUUCAAGAGUGAGGAAAUGGUUGGGGGAUUCCAUCCCGCAUUUGAGAAUCUCAUGCUUCAAGAAAUCCUCGGCGCCGACAUCAUCGCUGUUUGGGGAAAGGUCGUCCAAACAUGUCGAAAGCAAGACUCUGCCAACAAAUUUACUCUUCCCCUCCUGCUGGCCUUGCUGGCAACGAACAGGGAGCCCGGCAGAAUGAAGAUGAUCUUAUGGCUAGUAGCCAUUGCAAAGCACACCAGUCUCCGACAGAUUCCGCCGCCGUCAUCAUUAACUUAUAGCCAAUUCCAAUUUCUUGAGAAUCCUAACAAAAAUGUCUUGACCACGCGUAUUCUGGAACACCAAUCGGACUACAUUCGGUAUCUUGAUACCUUGAAGACUAAGAAGCGGCCGAAAUCAGCUAGAACCCUAGACACUUUCAAAACGAAACAAAGAGCUGAAGCAGAGGAAAUUGCUCAAAUCUUAGUCCGCCAGUGGCCAACUGCGCCUGGUACUGCCCACGAAUUGCAAACAAUGAUUGCAGAAUCCUCUUUUGAGUUUAUUGACGUUAACAACGCUUGGAAUGGCCUGAAACUCGAAGUCCGAAGAUUAUCUCACAAUCACGAGCUGUCUUGCUAUCUUAAGAAGCUUCAGGACAUUGCUGAUGAGAUACCUCAGCACAAGAUCCAUACAGACUCUCAAACGCGUCAACAUGUCAAUUUUUCGAACCCCAACACAUCGAAAUCGCUGUCUUCAAUCUCUGUAAAUGUCCGCUUCAAAGUCCCGGAGCUAGAAGCUCUUCUAGCGAUGAAAACCUGCAGAGAAUUUCACACAGAUGUGAAUCCAGAUACGCAAAGGAGCAAUAACUCAUGCUUGAGUCAAGUCUCCGGCCCCGCUCACUUCGGCAAGACACAGCUCAAUCCCCCGGCUCUACAGAAUGAACUAAAAGUUCUCAGUGAGAUUAUUGACACGUUUGUGACUUCGACGAAUGCGACACGAAAACAGUAUGGUCAAGACCUGAAGGAAUCGUUAGGAGCAUUGGUUCAGCAUCGUGAGACAAAAGCAAUCCCCAACAAACCUCCAGGCCAAAACGAGAUCAUUCUUCAAAUACGCCUUGCCAAGAAAGCGCUAGAGGAGCAUGUGGAUAAUAUCAGACAAUCGAUCUCGCAAGACGAAGUAACCCAUGGCUGGCUUAGCAGUGGGAGCCUUUGGCCCAGUCUCUCGCCUGUGGCUCUGCUUGAGAUGCUCCGAAACGACAAUGUUGGAAGUCUAGGCCCUUAUAUGAAGGAAGCUCUCGUUUGGUACGGAGUGCUUAUUACAAAACUCCAGCGUCUACAGAGAAUGGACGAUGCAUUCCGGUCUGAUGAUGAGAGGCGCCUCGUUGAAGAAUAUAAUCACACAGGCCACUCCAAUUGGCGUCCGCUUGAACAGCCGGAGUGGCUGCUUCUAGAAAUCGACAAUAACAUCCUCUUGCGACAAUCUCAAGUCGAUGUAGCUCAUGCUAUUGUUUCACCAUCAUCACGCAGCAACUCUGUAUUACAAAUGAAUAUGGGUGAAGGGAAAACAUCUUGUAUCAUGCCGAUGGCAGCAACUUUGCUAGCAGACAAAACCAAGCUUUGCCGACUCAUUGUUCCUCGCGCUUUGUUGCUGCAGACCGCUCUUGUAAUUCAACGACGCCUCGGUCGGUUGGUUGGACGCAGAGUCCAACACAUUCCCUUUCAACGACGAUCCCCUAAAGGGAGUGAGACUCUCGAUCUGUAUCAGAGAAUCCACCGUGAAAUUCUCACGUCCGGCGGGGUUAUGCUUUGUCUCCCGGAACACAUCCUCUCGUUUCAAUUGAGCGGUCUCCAGCAACUUGCUGAUAACGAAAUGAAAACAGCCAAAAAGAUGAAUCAAAUCCAGCAAUGGCUUUAUGAGAAGAGCCGUGACAUUAUCGACGAGUCCGAUCUUACGUUGUCCGCUAAAACUCAGCUCAUCUACCCAAGCGGUAUUCCUGUCAUUGUCGAUGGACACCCUCAACGCUGGGAGGUGGUGCAAGACGUCCUGUCAUUGGUUGAAGGCCACUGCUCGCUUCUUGAGUCAACACACAAAAAGGGAAUCCAGAUUUUCCGGCGCCAUCAGGGCUACCCCAUCAUCCAUUUUCUUGAUACCAAAGUCGAAGAUGUUCUGAAUGAGCUACUCGUCAAGGACGUUUGCGAGGGUCGCCUUGCGCGAGUGCAGUUAAAAGACCCCUCGAAUGAAGAUGCUCGGAGAGCGCUUGAAUUCAUUCUUACUGGUGGUAAGGUCUUGGAUUCGGGUUGGUCAACCGUGGCCAAGUGUCUGACCGACGAAGUCGUGGGAUUAAAGUGCCUGUACCUACUACGUGGCCUCAUUUCGGAGCGCAUCAUCCUGCUCUGUUUAAAAAAGCGUUGGAACGUGCAGUUUGGACUUCACCCAGAGCGAGCACCCAUCGCGGUACCCUUCGAAGCCAAAGGUGUUCCUUCUCAAACAGCUGAGUACGGCCAUCCAGACACAGCUCUUACCUUGACCUGUCUCGCCUUCUACCAAACCGGCUUGUCGAGGGGACAGAUCACUCAGAGCCUAGAGUACGUCAUCAGGGCAGAUGACCCUGCUGCCCAGUAUGAGCAUUGGGUACACGGCUGUGCUGCCUUGCCGGCCACGCUUCGACACGUGAAUCUCCUCAGCGUAGAUGACGAAGCGCAGAUAGAGGAGUUGUGGAAGCACUUGUGUUUUGACCGACAUGUUCUCAACCAUUACAUGAAUCACUUUGUUUUCCCUCGACAUGCCAAACAGUUCGGGAUCAAGCUCCAGGCCUCUGGCUGGGACAUCCCCUUAGUGUCUCCUGGUUCCCCAUCUUACAUGAAAUCCUCGCAGUCGUCGUGCCUGACAACAGGGUUCAGUGGCACGAAUGACAACAAAAGGCUCUUGCCUCAGACCAUCAAACAGGAUGAUCUGGCAGGCCUCGUCCACACGAACGCGGAAGUCUUAGGUUACCUUCUCGAAAACCGGAACAAGACAUGUUACCAAGCUGUCGAUCAAGGCGGUAAACAAUUAAGCGAGAGGGGCUUGCUGGAGCUCCUCAGAGAUAAGGAAAUCAACGUUCUCAUCGACGCUGGCGCCCACAUUCUAGAGAUGGAGAAUCAUGACCUGGCAGCAGCGUGGCUUGAAGUACACAACGAAGCCCAGGGCGCCGUAUACUUUGACAAAAGUGGUCGCAUCAUGGUUUGUGCUCGAUUCCAGAAGGCUCCUAUGCCGCUUCUCGCCAGCCCUUUCGCCGAGAACUUAGAGCAAUGCGUCGUUUACGUCGACGAGGCGCAUACACGAGGCACGGACAUAAAGCUACCGCUAGGUGUUAAAGGAGCAGUCACUCUUGGGAUGGGUCAAACGAAGGAUCAAACGGUACAAGCGGCCAUGAGGUUGAGACAGCUCGCCUCUACUCAAUCAGUAGCCUUCGUAGCUCCUCCUGCGGUCUACCAAAGCAUUCUUGAGUUGCGGCCUUCACAUCUCAAGAAAGUCAAGAAUUAUCGCGUGAAUUCUCAUGAUGUCGUGCGCUGGCUUCUUGAGCAGAGCUGCACGGCCAACGAAGACAUCAUGUCCCUUUACAUCGCGCAAGGGUUCGACUUCUGCCGCCGUGCCAAUGCUUUCUGGAAGAACAGAGGCAAGCUUGACAAGAAGAAACACAUCGACGAUCUUCUUGAUGUGAUACGCCAACGCGAAGCUCAGUCGAUAGAGGAACUUUAUGGUUCCAGAACCGCGGCCUCAGACUCAGUGCAAACUGACCUCGACUUUCCAAAUCUCAACGCUUUUAACCGUAAUCUUCAUCAACAAAUGCUUAACCUUCAUCAGUCCGGAAGGCAAUUUGAGGCAUCUGCACUAGCAGAGGUAGAGCAGGAGCGGGAAGUGGAGUUUGAAGUCGAACAAGUCAGAGAGAAUCAGAAACGGGGAAAGUUCUCGCCACUUUUGUUUCCUGGCUUGGACCCUUAUAUCACCCGGUUUGUCGAAACUGGUCAUUUGGAUCACCGCGGACCAUUCAUCCAAGCAUUCAACUUCAUCGGCACCACCAAGAUAGGUCGAAAGUAUGGUGUUUGUGGAACAGGAACUCGACUGUUUGUCUCGCAGGAAUUCACCAAAACAGUCACCAGCCGCUCCAAGGCUGAACUAAUGAUGGUUCGCCCGGUCGAAUGGAUCCUCUGGAGCUCAACGACAGAGACGGCUCUUAUCGUAAUACCCGAAGAGGCUGAGCUUCUCAUCGAAACACUUCGAACCCUCGAUGAACCCCAAGUCUGGCUCUUGAGCUAUGCUGCCCCAGUCACCAAGUCUAUGAAACCGUUCAACACUCUCAACUUCUUCACGGUCCCAUACCUGAAGGAACGGCCCGCCUUUCCAGCCUGGCUCUCAGUCGAAGUGGGUGUCGUUGCGGGGAGGCUGUACUUUGAUUACUUGGAGUACGAACCCCUCCUCGCGUGGCUAGGAAUAAAUGGAAGCUCCGAGAUCGUCUCAACCGAUGUAGCAGAUCAGCUUUCGUCUCCUGUGAUCUCAACUCCAGAACGUUUCGGCCUGUCCAUCGAGAUGCCUCUCAAAUUCCUCUUUGAAUGGUCGACCUACAGACGCGAAACUUUGGAAAUCAAGCACACCCCGGUUGGAUUCGUCUGUGAGAGCCGAGUUUUGAAGUCGGACCACUCCUUCUUCACUACGACUACGGGAGCGAGCGAAGCCAUAGAUCAGCAGCCUGUCACUCGCAUUGCCAAUGGGCACCAAGGAGACAAAGACGACGACCACGAGAGUGAUGAUGAUGUUGAGUGGGACAACCUGGAUGACGGAAUGGGUAUGGAUGGUGCUGCCGAUGAUGAGUUCAUCUAUGAAGAGGAAUUGUCGAAGGGCGGGGCCGGUGGAGAGAAUUUGGACGAUUGA